AACACUUCGAUAUGGACUCGUUCGUCUACCGUAACACACCCUCGCCCAAGGUCAUAUUCGGGCGUGGAACCCUCUCGAGCCUUGCAAAGGAGAUAUGCAGCCUAUCACCUCCUAGCGGCUGCAAAAAGCCUCUUCUAGUGUCCUCCCCGGGCCGUGUGUCUCUAGCCAAAGAAAUCCGAAAGAAGCUCGGCGAGGAUGGGAUUCCCAAGGUCAAACUGGUCAGCACUGCCACAGUUCAUAACCCCAGCUCCAUCAUAAAUGAUGCUCUGCCACUGGCUGCCGAUCGGGAUUGUAUCGUAUCAUUGGGUGGCGGCAGUGCCGUAGGGCUAGGAAAAGCCCUCGCUUUGAGGACUGGACUACCCCAUGUGGUUAUCCCGACGACCUACUCAGGCUCUGAAAUGACACCAAUCCUGGGGGAGAAGGGUGCUGAUGGGAAGAAAGUUUCGGUGACGGACCCCAAGAUCCUGCCGACCGUCGUCAUUUAUGAUGUGGAUUUGACAUUGGACCUACCCUUAGAGGUAUCCUUCCCUAGCGGUAUCAAUGCCCUUGCCCACUCAAUCGAGGCUUUGUAUGCCGAACACAGCAACCCAGUAACGUCGAUUCUUGCCUUGGAAUCCAUCAGGUCUCUCAGCGCUGCCCUUGGUACUUUGGGUGGGAAUCCAAGCUCGGUACAGACUCGGACCGCCCUCUUACGAGGCGCUUUCCUUGCAGGAUACGUCGUCGCCUCCACUGGGAUAGCUCUGCAGCACAAGCUGGCCCAUGCUGUGGCUGGGACGGCCGCGCUUCCGCACGCCGAGACGCACGCAGUACUGUUACCUCAUAGUCUCGCCUACAACUUGCCCUCUAUACCCAACCAAACCAUAGCUAGCUUAACAGAAGCCAUGUCGCCAACGAAGCUUCCUAGCUCUGCCGCGGACUUGGCAGAUCCUGUCGUCCUGCUCAACGAUCUGAUCAGUCGAAUAGGCAUUCCACGGGCGCUCAAGGACAUAGGGAUGGCGGAAUCUGACAUCGAAAGAGUCACUGGUGUUGCCAUGGAAAAGCCAUAUUGGAACCCCCGUUUGAUAGACAGGGAGAAGAUUCGGGAGUUGGUAAGGCGGGCUUGGGGCGGAGAAACGGCGAGAGCUGACUUCUAAGAGCUGUAAUUGCUAGUAUUAUGUUGCAGGGAAAACAAGAGAUGAAGAUAUUAUCACCGUCUG